CCGCGGCGGCCGUUAUAGCCAUUCCCUGAGGCCAUUCCCUGAGCGGCAGUGGGAGCCGGGCGUCCUGUGGGCUGGGUUUCCGCGGCGGCCAUGAGGCGGAGAGGCCCAGAGGAGGGGGCCUGCGGCGUGUGGCUGGACGCGGCAGCGCUGAAGAGGCGGAAAGUGCAGACACAUUUAAUGAAGCCAAACACCAAAAUGCUAACACAUUUUCCGGGAGAAAAAAAGGCUAAGAUUUCCUUUACUCAAAAAAUUCCACCUGCAGGCAUUCGGCAGACGAGCAUCGCUUCCUUCUUCGCCUUGCAGCCAGGAAGGACAAUUGGUGGUGGCCAGAGGAAUGUUUCUUCUCCUUUAGAAAGUCAGACCAACAGAGAGUCUAAGAAAGAUGUAACCAAGCUAGACCAUCUGAUCCAGGGCCUAGGGGGUGAUUGCCUCGCAACCCCGUUAGCCACUUCAACCCCUGCAGACACCCAGGAAGCUGGACUUUCUCCACAGUCCCUCCACGCUUCUGGCCCCCACAGAACGGGAACGCCAUUUUUGACUGUGCUGUCUUUGCUCCAGCCUGACCCCUUAGUCUGUGCUGGGAAGAGUAAAGCCUCUCCGUCUCGUUCCUUCACCAAGAACUUGGAAGGUUCUUGCUCGCUGGACCAAAAGGAGAAAGAGAGAGAUUCUUCCUGGAAAAGGGAAUCGCGUCAUGGAUCUAAGAAAAAGAGCUAUCAGGGUGUGGAGAGACACAUUAAACCACCUGGGGGCAAGCGCCAGCCUUUGGACAAGACUAAGUCAGAAAAGGUGUCUCCCAAAGAAACCAGACAGGCGCCCGUCCUCCUUCACACAUACAGGGAUUCCAGGAACGGGGAAAACACGGACUCAGUGAAACAAAGCCCUUGUCCUGUCCCUGUAUUUUCUUGGGACAGUGAAAAGAAUGACAAGGACUCUUGGAGUCAGCUUUUUACCGAGGAUUCUCAGGGCCAGCGGGUCAUUGCCCACAACUCUAGAGCUCCUUUCCGAGACGUAACCAACAACCAGAAUCGGGGCUUAGGGCAGUUUCGUGGCAGCCCCCGGGCUCAGUGCCAGGAGACGCCCACUCAGUUAAAUCUGCAGCCUGAUUUGCUCUUUACCCAGGACUCUGAGGGUAAUCAAGUUAUCAGGCACCAAGUCUAAAUGUCUUUAAGACGGUUUGGUUCUAAAAGUAUCUCAAAAUGACAUAGCUGUAGGCAAAUUUUGGGGUGGGGAGCUUGGGAGUGUGGGCGGGAAGGAGGCAAGAGAUGGAAUUAUUAUUUUCGUGGUAUAAAUAAGCAAGUGGGGCCACUUGUUGAGAUGGUAUGAUGGUGCCUUUCCCUGAGGAAGAGGUGGCUGGUAAACUUGUGCAAGUCUGUGAUGAACAGUGAGGAGGCAGCGCAGGUACUUACCAUCCACUAGAGUCCCUCCUCAGCCCGGAGCCACCUCUGUGCCUUCAGAUGCCUGAUGCAACGCGGCUUCUCAUGGAUGUGUGUUCUAAUCUGUGUUAGCUUGCCCGCUCAACCUUGGGACCGUUAUUCCAGACACCUUUCUGAGGUGAUAAGGCAAAGCUCCUCAACCCAGAUGUAUGGGGGCAGAGAGGAUAGAUUUUUAAAAAACCCACCAUCAUUCUGCUUUCUGCUUAUUUUUGUGGGGGUUUUAUAGCAUUUUAACAUCUUCUGCUGUUUAAACAUCUCCCUAAAAAGCCGGAGUUAUGUAACAAUCCAGAUGUGAUUAAACCACUCUUCUACAAGGGAUGAGAACACCCUUUGUAAAAACUGUGAAUCCAAAUAAAUGACUUUAUAAGCGGA